AGGGGCGGAGCUAGGAGAGUCUUGGUCGGCGGCGGGCGGAGGGCGGCGUGCGCCGUCGGGAGUUUCGAGCCAGCCGGGCUGCGGCUCCGCCGAGGGGCUGGCGGGCGGAGUGGGCCCGGAUCCGCGAGGCUUGAGGGACGCGCCGGGGCGGCGAGGCUCGCGGCCUGAGGGAGACCAAGAGAAGGAACAUGACAUUUGGUGCUGGUGGGCUUGCUUCAGAUUCAUGCCUUUUCAUUUGCUAAUUUUGUGAGUUGGGAGCAUCCCUGAAGAUGUCGACACUGAGGAUUUGGCUAACACAAGCUUUGCUUAUUUUUCUCAUCGCUGAAUCUAUAGGUCAAAUGGUGGAACCAUGUGGUUAUAUCUACCCCGAAUUUCCGGUUGUACAGCGUGGCUCUAACUUCACUGCCAUUUGUGUGCUAAAGGAAAAGUGUCUUCAGCAGUAUGACGUGAAUGCUAGUUUCAUCGUGUGGAAGACAAACCAUGUUGCUGUUCCCAAGGAGCAGGUCACCGUCAUCAACAGAACCACGUCUAGUGUCACCUUUCCAGACAUGGUCCUCCAGACGGUCCAGCUCACCUGCAAUGUCCUGUCAUUUGGGCAGAUCGAACAGAACGUGUACGGAACCACCGUACUUUCAGGCUUUCCCCCAGAUAUACCUACAAAUUUGAGUUGCAUUGUGAAUGAGGGGAAGAAUAUGCUGUGUCAGUGGGACCCAGGAAGGGAGACGUACCUGGAAACAAACUACACGUUGAAGUCCGAGUGGGCAACAGAAAAGUUUCCUGAUUGUCUAACAAAGCAUGGCACCUCGUGCAUGGUUAGCUACCCUCCUAUCUAUUUUGUCAACAUUGAAGUCUGGGUGGAAGCAGAAAAUGCCCUCGGGAAGGUCUCAUCAGAGGGUAUCAAUUUCGAUCCCGUGGAGAAAGUGAAACCCAGCCCACCACAUAAUUUAUCAGUGAGCAACUCAGAGGAAUUAUCCAGUAUAUUAAAGUUAACAUGGAUCAAUUCGGGUUUUGGCAGUUCUUUAAGGCUGAAAUCCGACAUUCAAUAUAGGACAAAAGAUUCCUCAACUUGGAUCCAGGUCCCUCUUGAAGAUACAGAGUCUCCCCGAACUUCCUUCACCAUCCAGGACCUUAAACCUUUCACAGAGUAUGUGUUUAGGAUCCGCUCCAUAAAGGAGGACGGUAGAGGCUACUGGAGCGACUGGAGUGAGGAAUCAAGUGGGGUCACAUAUGAGGACAGACCAUCCAAACCACCGAGUUUCUGGUAUAAGAUAAAUCCAUCCCAUACUUCAGAAUCUAGAACUGCACGGCUCAUAUGGAAGGAAUUACCUCUUUCUGAAGCCAAUGGAAAAAUCUUGGAUUAUGAAGUGAAUCUUACACAGUGGAAAUCAUUUUCACAAAAUUACACAGUUAACGGUAUGGAAUUGAUAGUAAAUCUCACAAAUAAUCGCUAUACAGCAUCUCUAGCAGCAAGAAAUAAGGUUGGCAAGUCAGAUCCAGCUGUCCUCACCAUCCCCAGCUCCCACUUCAAAGCCUCUCACCCUGUAGUGGAUCUUAGCGCAUUCCCGAAAGAUAAGAAGCUCUGGGUAGAAUGGACUCCUCCACCAAAGCCUGCGAAGAAAUACAUAAUUGAGUGGUGUGUGUUGUCAGAGAACUCACCGUGUGUCCCAGAUUGGCAGCAGGAAGGUGGCACUGUGACGAAGACCUACUUAAGAGGAAACCUCCUGGAGAGCACGUGUUAUCUGAUCACCGUGACUCCGGUGUUCUCCAGUGGACCCGGGAGCUCUGAGUCAGUAAAGGCCUACCUCAAACAGGCCGCACCUUCCAGAGGACCCAUUGUUCGGACAAAGAAAGUGGGGAAAAAUGAAGCUGUCCUAGAAUGGGACCAACUUCCUGUUGAUGAACAGAAUGGAUUCAUUAGAAACUACUCUAUCUCUUACAGAACCAUCAUUGGAAAUGAAAUUGUUGUGAAUGUGGAUUCUUCCCACACAGAAUAUACACUGUCCUCUUUGAGUAGUGAUACGCUGUACAUGGUCCAAAUGGCAGCGUACACAGAUGAGGGUGGAAAAGAAGGUCCGGAAUUCACUUUUACAACACCAAAGUUUGCUCAAGGAGAAAUAGAAGCCAUAGUCGUGCCCGUGUGCUUAGCGUUCCUCCUGACGACUCUUCUGGGCGUCCUGUUCUGCUUUAACAAGCGAGACCUAAUUAAAAAACACAUCUGGCCUAAUGUUCCAGAUCCUUCAAAGAGUCAUAUUGCACAGUGGUCACCUCAUACCCCGCCAAGGCACAAUUUUAGCUCCAAAGAUCAAAUGUAUUCUGAUGGCAAUUUCACUGAUGUGAGUGUUGUGGAAAUAGAGGCGAACAACAAAAAGCCUUGCCCGGACGAUCUGAAGUCAUUGGACCUGUUCAAGAAGGAAAAAAUAAGCACAGAAGGUCACAGCAGCGGCAUUGGGGGGUCUUCAUGCAUGUCGUCCUCCAGGCCCAGCAUCUCCAGCAACGAGGAAACCGGAUCUGCUCAGAACACGGCGGGCACCGUGCAGUACUCGACCGUGGUGCACAGCGGCUACCGGCACCAGGUCCCGUCCGUGCAAGUCUUCUCCAGGUCUGAGUCCACCCAGCCCCUGCUGGACUCCGAGGAGCGGCCGGACGAUCUGCAGUUGGCGGAUAACGUGGACAGCGGUGAGGAGAUUUUGCCCAGGCAGCAGUAUUUCAAACAGAACUGCAGUCAGCCUGAAGCCAGUCCAGAUAUUUCACAUUUUGAAAGGUCGAACCAAGUUUCGUCGGGCGGUGAGGAGGAUUUUGUCAGGCUCAAACAGCAGCGGGUCUCAGAUCACAUUUCCCAGCCCUGCGGGCCUGAGCAGCGGAGGCUGUUUCAGGAGGGCCGUGCAGCAGAUGCUCUUGGUGCAGGGACUGAUGGACAGGUAGAGCCAUUUGAACCAGUUGGAAUGGAGACAGCGAUGGAUGAAGAAAUUCCUAAGAGUUACUUGCCACAGACUGUAAGACAAGGUGGCUACAUGCCACAGUGAGAGACUGGCCUGCACAGCCUCAGCAGGUCCUGUGAAGGAAAGCUGAAAUCCUCGUCUGGGACUUCACUCCUGAAGAUUAUCAUUGCCACCGAGGUCAAAGUCACAAGGGGCAUCUCCAUUCCAGACGUCUGGGAUUCUCCUUCGAGCACUACAUGAACUGACUUCAUCCUCUGAUUAGCUGAAGGACUGUUUCGGCGGGAUGUUUGCACUGAAGAAAACAAAGUGUGUCUGAGCUUUAGAAAGCUUGUAUUGCUCUAUAGAAAGCAGAAUUCUAAUGAGCUGAGGCAUAGUCCAAUGUGCUGAUUUAAUAAGACUAGUCAUCCAGAUGCCAGGAGCAAAGGUCUAGAUCCUCUUCAGCCAACAGCAUCAUUUAAAAGUGCCAUGGGGCAGACUGUCCAGAUGUUGUCAUUUGGCACAAGAACUAGCGAGGACAGGUUCAUUUCUGGUUCUACAGUUAGAGAACAUUGGCUUUCUCCCUCUGUUUUUAUGGGUGUUGCCAAUUGUUACUGAAGAAAAGGAUGAACUUUAAAAAUGAGCAACAUAGAAGUUCCCGUUUUCUUCCUAUUACCCCAAACCUCUCAAAACUGCUCAUUGAUAAUAACCUCUCUAAAGUGAAUUUCACCAACCUGGAUAGGGUGCUGAUAGGGCUAGCCGGGAGCUCCGUGAACCAGCUCAAGCAUUUAUAGAAUCGCUGUGUAAGCUGCUGACAGUUUUCUGAAUGCACACAAACACCAGGACAGAUGAUUCCAAAGGUCGGUUGAGGAAGCACUUUAUACAGUGUAUUCAGCUCAAAAUUAUUUUACCUGAGUUCACCUUGUUUUUAUUUUCAAGAAUAGCAAGGUGUUUACUAAAGGAGAGCAUUCACCACAGCCCCAAACAGAACCCCAGAACACAAGCCAUCUUAAUGGCCGCCACAGUGGCUGAGGGCCUUGUCAUAUGGAGCUGAAGAAGCUGUAGAGUUUUGUAAAGUUUGCUGGGUGGGGAUUGAACCCAUGGCCUUGUACAUGCUAGACACUCUACCACUGAGCUCCCCACCCACACAUCUUAUUAUGUUGUUUAGGCUCAAGUGAUCCUCCUGUCCCAGCUUCCUGAGUAUCUGGGACUUGGGGUGUGUGCCGCCACACCCAACAAGAGAUGGCAUUUCAUCUGCCGUUGCUGAGGUAGAGUUUUACCUGUGACUUAAGAGUAUCUUAAACCUAGUCCUUCUGGUUGCUUUGUGGAGGGACAAUCCGGGCAAUCCAGGGUUUAGGACUAAAGCCCUUAAUGUACUUGUGCCUGACUUGCCAGUGUGACCUGGCCAGGGGCUAAAGGUAGAAGUUGAGUGGACAAGAAGGGGCUUCUCCGUUAGUGGCUGAUCACCGCUAAGUGUGCUCACAGGAGAAGCUGUGACGUUUCAGAGCAUGGGCACACUUAGGUAGUUCAAAUGAAAGGCCAUGAAAAACGAUACUCGUUAAGUUGGAUGCAGUUUUACCUUUUACUCUUGGAAUGUUGUUUUAGAUUUGCUGAUACAUGUUAUCAUUUCUAUUUUUAUAAUGGCUAAUACUUUUCCAAGUCCAUUCAUGUGUGUAGUCCUGUGAGACGGUAGACACUUUCCUUCUCAUACGGUCAGUUGCCCACUUGGCAAAACCAACCUGAAACUGAGAAAAUGGCAGAAUUGAAAGUAGAUGAUGAAAAGUCAGGGGCAGAGAGGUCAGGUAGGGUCAAAGAGACCAGAAUUCACACUACAGGGCAGUGGCAUCAUCACAUUCAAGCUGGACCUCAAAGCCUGGUCCAGAUCAAGACUGAAUUUUCUAUGUAUGUAUGUCAAGAAAUUAACACUUGUAAAUGUUUCAUUUUCUCACAGAGGUAGUCUAGUCAUGUUGCUGUAUUCAUGUUUAGCUGUAACCUUCCUCACAUUGAGUAGUGAUGCUGUGAAGUAGUGUGACGUCCGCUUCACAGUAGUGGGGGUAGGGGGUGGGGGCGGUUAUCCAUUGUGAGUUCAUGAAUGAGCAUGAGAGACCAUUGAAGAAAGAACCUCAAUGAAGCAAGUUUGCAUGUUGGAUCCCAUACAGAACAUGUCCCAGUGAGCCAGUGCCCUCACCAACGGAGAUGGUAGUGUGACCACUGCUUGAAAACUCAUCCAGGGAAUGUAUAAUGGAUCAGCUUUGCCCUGAGAGAGAGAAACCAAUCCUAAAACUCGUCUUCAAUACAGACUUUGCUGCAGCAUGUUUUAGGAUAAUCUGGAUGCAUGUGCCUUGUAUUUUAGGUAGGCAAAGAAACUGCUCUGGCUUCUUUGUGUAAAACCAGUCUAAUAAAGCUAGUGUGUAGUUACCCUUUAAUUCUUUCACGUGUACAGUGUAGUUUAAAAUAAGGCACAUCAGAAAACAGCCUCUCUGGUGGCCGAAACUCAUUCACUACUUCUAAAGCAGUUGCCUCAGGAUUCAGAGGAAAAGUCAACAUAGGUUCCACAUCCUACCAUUGUCUUGUAAAGGUUUAAUGUGGAAUCACUAUUACAAAACUAUACAAUUUCAAACUUUUACCUACUCAAACAGAAAACCUUUUAAAAGCCUGAGUCGGCAUUCAGGAACACAAGUAAGCAGACACAGGGAAGUGUGCAAACCCCACCUGGUUCUCCGGUCUACUCAGUUCAUUCAGUUUCUGCAGAAUGCCUGGGUGUGUGUUCGUCAGCUCAUCCGGGGACCGGAGUUCUUAGAGUGAAGUUGGAGGUUGUUGAAGUGUUUAUGGACACUGUUGAAGCUCAUGUUUAAAAUAGGAUGGCUCAGGUACCUUCAAACAGUAAAUGCUAUUCUUACAGCAGUCUCUUUUUCUACCCACAUAAGUAGUGAAACCAUGGCAUAGAUUUAGACCUAAUAAUCAGGAUUCCCGUUUGCUACAGACAUGUAUUAACUAAGUAGAACAAAGCAUCAGUCUGUCCUGUUACGUUCAUUCUCCCGUUUCACGUUACUGAGUUUGUUUUAAAAGCAAGUUCUUAACCCAUCUGUUUAGUAAAGACUUUAGGAAGAUGAGUAAAAUCAGCAAGCCACAAAAAAUGUAAAGGUCAGUUACUAAAAAUAACCUCUUAGGCUAGCUUUCUACUGCACGUCGUUACUGUUAGAUUAUCUUGCCCAGGUAAGAUUACUUUUAAAAUCUGCCUUCCUAUAAAUUAGAAAACACACAGCCAUAAAAUGUCUAUUUAGGGCUAACAUAAAAUGGUCACUGUGGACUGCAAAGGUGUAAACCAGCAGACCCACACCUGCCCACUCUGGGGCCUGGGCACCGUUUUCUCUUCAGGUUACUCAUAAUUCAUAUGUCAACAACAUUUUUCAAACCAGCUGUACUAUCUCUUGGAUUCCUGGUUUGUUUUCCUGUCACAGGGAGAUUAGCGUAUGCUCAAGGCAUCAAAGAUAAAAGAACAGCUCCAGGUGAGCCCCUGGAAUCCUCAUUUGCUCCAUACUUUUUGCAGCCUGUGAGCCCCACAAACUGGUUAGUUUUUUAUUAACCUGUUGUCAGUACCGCUGGUGGAUCAGGAUGGAGAUACACUAGGCCAAUUCAGUAGAGGUUUUCAGUCCUGCUAUGACCAGCUUGGUUGGGUAUCUACAGGCUGCAAAUGCUGUUCAUGAAUAGUGGAAGGUGACGUGCCAGAAACAGGGAUGUCACAGAGGUGAGUCUUGGACAACUGUAGCCUUACUGUCUGUGUGUAGUAUACUCUCAAAGCAAGUGCUCUUUGCCAGCCCAGUGGCAGGAGGCAUUAGGUAUGGCUCCUCCUUAUGUCUUUAUCUUAGCUGCACUUCAUGUGAGCUCAGUUCUUUCAAGUCUCCCUGCUGUCUCAGCACCCCACCUCCACCACCCUGGAGCUUCAUUUGGAAAGCUGGUGCGUGUAUUACCUCUGUAGUGAACUGCACGUGCUGAGUAUAACCAAAGCUAUCAUUUUAUGUUGACUUACCAUCAGUGUCUUACUAUAUCAGCUCUAAUCCUUUAAGUAAAUUUAAGGAAGAAAUU